AUGGCGAAAGCUAAGCCGCAGAAAUCUAAGCCUAAGAAACAACCACAUCAGGCGAAAGCGAAGAAGCAAGCAAAGGAUGGUGAUAUGUCUCAGUUUCGAGCUCAGCUUGACGCUUUAGGGCUUAAGAUAAUCAAAGUGACUUCAGACGGUAAUUGUUUCUUCAGGUCAAUCGCCGAUCAAUUGGAAGGCAAUGAGGAUGAACACAGCAAAUACCGUAGCAUGGUUGUUCAGUAUAUAGUGAAGAAUCGUGAAAUGUUCGAGCCAUUUAUCGAAGACGAUGUUCCAUUCGAGGAUUAUUGCAAAACCAUGGAUGAUGAUGGCACUUGGGCUGGGAAUAUGGAGUUACAAGCAGCUUCUCUUGUCACACGCAGUAAUAUUUGUAUCCACAGGAACAUGUCACCGCGUUGGUAUAUACGCAACUUUGAAGAUCCAAGAACCCGCAUGGUCCAUCUGUCUUACCACGAUGGGGAACACUACAACAGUCUGCGUUUAAAGGAAGAUGCAUGUGGAGGACCAGCCAGGCCUGUUGUAAUAGAGGCUGAUGCUAAAGUGUCAGCAGCAUCUAAACAAGCGAAAGCCACUGAGAGCAAGUCCAGAAACAGAGCUGCUAAGUGUAAUGUGGAUGCUGGGGAUAUCAAACUAGUCAUGUCCGGUACUUGCUGUGACAAUGCUGAAAAAGUUGAACAGGUUAUAGCACAAGUGAAUGGUGAUGUGGAUGCUGCGAUAGAAUUCCUUAUAGCAGAGCAAGGAAAUGAAACUUUGUCUGAAAAUGCUUCUGCAGCAGAUACCACAAAUCCAAAAGCAAGUGAUAGUACAAUGUCAACGGAAGGCAUAGAGCAACGCAGAGAAGAAUCGAAUGAGGAGGAGGAACCAGCUAGCAGCUGCAGCAAUAUCAAAACAAUCCGUGCCGAGUGCAGUUCACAGUCCGAUGAUAAGAAGAUCCCGAGGAAUAAAACGUGUCCAUGCGGUUCGAAGAAGAAAUACAAGGCCUGCUGUGGAACAUCAACUGGGAGAUCAUCUGUUAAACUGCUAGCGAGCCAAACAAUGGAGUCGAAGAAGGGGAGAAAGAAUUUGAGGAGAGGAACAUCAUAUGAAGUCGAAGCUAAUGCACCAGACGUUGGUGCUCUCUGUAUAUAA